GCCGCAGCCUGCAGACAAGCCACCGGCGCCAACCCCCAAAGUUCUUGAUUCUCCGGGAGGAAACCAUGUUCCGCCGCCAACGGAGCCUUCUAGCACGCUGUCUCCGGACGCGGUGACAACAGUCCCGGCCAAUACUACAGAGGAACCAGCAAACAUCACGUCCAAGCAGGCGGAGACGCCAGCAACGACCACUGAGAAGCAGCAGGUCUCUGCAACGUCUACCAGUGAGACCAAGGAGGAGCCGGCAGCAACUACUGCGAAGAAGGAGCAGGAACCGGCAACAACGACCACUGAGGAGAGACAGGAACCAGUAAAAACGACCCCUGAGGGGAAGAAAGAGGAGGAGAAGUCAGGUUGCCUCCGGCUGGAUUCCCUCUUCCUACUAGUGCCACUACUUGUCCUGCCGAUGAUGUAA